CCCCCCCUCCGAAGAGAAGGCCAGGGCCGGCGGUUGACAGGAUACUAAGACAAUAUUUCCCUUCUACUUCCAGAAGGUCAACUUGAAUGGCUCAAGAUUUUGGCAUCAAUUUUCUGCUUAGGAUGAUCUGGAAACUUGCUUUAACAUUGUUUCUCAUGUCCACUCUGGUUCAAGUGAUAGAACCCAGGAAAAACCGCCCUGCAGGAGCCAUCCCUUCCCCUUACAAAGGCAGCAGAAGUAAUAACUCUGACCGGCGGCCACAUCUGAACAAAGAAGUGCUGGCUUCCAGCCAGGAGGCCUUGGUGGUUACAGAGAGGAAAUAUCUGAAAAGCGACUGGUGCAAAACCCAACCCUUACGGCAGACGGUCAGUGAGGAGGGCUGCCUUAGCCGCACAAUUAUAAACCGCUUCUGCUAUGGCCAGUGCAACUCCUUCUAUAUUCCCCGCCAUGUUAAAAAAGAGGAGGAGUCUUUCCAAUCAUGUGCCUUUUGCAAGCCUCAGAAGGUCACCUCCUUCACAGUGGAGCUAGAGUGCCCUGGACUGGACCCACCUUUUCGACUUAAGAAGAUCCAGAAAGUCAAGCAAUGCCGAUGUAUGUCGGUGAACCUGAGCAGUACAGGCAAACAAUAAAAGUGAGACUUGGCAGCUGACUCUGCUUAAACCUUUUCUUCAGACACAAAACUGGUUGACUGUUUCUUCCUUGAUUAAUUUUGGAACAUUCCUAGAGCAGCAUCCUUUUCUUUGUUUGCCUACUGGAAAUAAAGGCUGCUAUCAGCUGAUCAGAACAUGCUAUCCUUAUUACCCAAACAGCUCUUUGACCACUGGGCUUGCCACUAAGUGAGAAAUCAUUGUCUGAUGUAAAAGUGAACAUUUUGGUGGCCAGUGAUAUAAAUUCAGUAAUUAACUCUUCCUUCCACUGUGUGGAAAUUGUUUUGGCUUUCACUUCACGCUUUUGGAUGAAUAAUGGCUGAAUUGAAGUAUUUGUCAUUUUCCUAUCUCAGUCUCGGUUAACGUUUUGGCUUAUUUCUGACUACUUAAUCCUGUCUUCCGUGGAAUGGAUACAGCUAGGAACAGCAAAAGGAAGCAGUGAUCUCUCUUGAUUGAUAAGACUUGUGUGCCUUUUAAGCAGCCUUAUCGUCUGUGGAUAUAUCAGCUUGCACUUUCCAAUGAAGAGGCUGAAGUGGAUUUAUAUCCAUUUUCAACUAAAUUGUCUCAAGUACAGAAUGCUACAGCAAUGUCUCAUUUGUCAUAUUAUUGCAAAUAAUUGUUAAACUUUUUAAUAUAGACAUAAGCAUGUAUAAUUUGUGAGAUGACUCAAUGUUUGAAGGGUUGAGAUAAAUCUUAAAUAGGAGAGCAGAUUAUCCCUCCCCACAGGAUUUUACUAGUGUUAAAUUUCCUUCCCUAGACUCACUUUUGUGCAUUUAUCUCCAUCUAUGUUAAUGACUACAUUUGUGAAGGAGAGCAAUAUUGUGUUUGAUCUAUUGAAGUACCGUAGCAAAAAGCAAGCAGCAUAAUAUAUUUUUUCUUUAAAUUAACUCCUGUUUUCUGUAUGCAAAAUUGCAUCUACGUAGGAUAAAAUGUAAGAAAGGACUUGAUAAACCCAAUUAAUGCAAGGCUGCAUGUUCCAGGAGUUACCAUUUAGAUUCCUUUGAAAAUUUCUGGGUAACUCUGAUGGUGACCCCCAUUGCAUGGCUUGAAGUUUGCAUUUGUGAUAGGUAUAGCCCAAGUAUUCAAAUGUUCAAAUACGUUUUUUGCUACUAGUUUCCUCCUGACGUGAUCAGAAAGGCUCGAACAAUUAUUUUCUCAAAGCUGCAAGUUGAUGUCACCUCAAGGGUUCAUGGCAUAGUUCUCUUUUUAUGCUGGACAGGUUAUUCUGAGAGGUUUUGAGUGGUUGAUCUCCAUUAGGCUUCUUCCAGUUAUGGGGCUUGGCGCAGGAAGAGGGGAUUGGGUAGGUAUGUAGCCCUUAGAAUUCAAUCCCUGGAUGUUACACAAGAACAAUAUCAUGCUUAGAAAAGUACAGUAAAGAAGAAUGGGGCUUGCUUUGGUGGUUUAAUGAUCAUAACUUAUGAUUGCUAUGAAAGAUAAUAGGGAAGAUCUAGUUAAGAUAGCUGUAUUUUUAUGUACAGGCUUGCUGCCCAAGAAAGCUGCUUCUUGGAGAAAAAGAACAUUUGGUUCUUAUUGUUAGGAUAUGGUAAACAAUUGUUCAAGCAAUAAUGUAGGAUGAUUAUUUAGUGGGAUCUUUUUAUCAGUCUGUUACAAACAAACCAGGCCUGCUAUGAUAGGGGAAUGCUUUUUGGGUGGUUUUAUAAGAGUUGAGUUAAUGUUGUAAUAGUUCAUACUAUUUAAAUUUUGUUUUAUAAAUGAAAAUGAAGUGGAAUAAAUGUUAUAAAUAUAACAAUUAUUUUUAGGCGUAUUAUUGUUAAAUUAUAGAAAAAAGCUACUCUAGAGAUAUAUGGAAUUCUUGUAUAUUUGUUUCAUAUAUAUAUUCGUAGAGCUUACGUUUAACCUUUGUUAGGGAAUUUUCUUCAUCCACUUAAUUUAAAUAUGAAAUAAUUAAAAUAUCAUAGAGCCAUUAUAGAAUAUUUCAGAUAAAAGCAGUAUACGUGUAGCUGAAAAUAACCAGUGAAAACUAUCACUCUGAUAUUAUACUGUAUGUAUAGAAACUGUGAAUGUAAUAGACACACAUUAAUUUCCAAUUUUCUGUUAUAGAGAGAGAACUUUUAACUCUCCAGUUUUAUUGCAUGUCAUCAACCCCAAGGAUAUGGUUGUAGUUGAGCAGCAUAUCAGAAAUUAAAGGUCCCUUGUCAAUGCAAUGUAUGUAUAUGUAUAAUAUAUAUAAAACCUCAAUUUUUAAAUAAACUGGGUUUAUUGAUUGAUGUUUUGGAAUGGAUAAAAGUGAAUUUAAGGGUAUCAUGAUUAUUCUGCUUCAAAGGAAUAGUUGUAAGUACACAAACUUCAACAUAACAUUAAUGUAACACCUAGUUAACAUUAUUGUACUCUUGAUAAGCAGUUGAAGCUGUUGUCAUAUGAAAGUAUUAUUUUAAGGGAA